GCAACAGGCGAAAGGCUAUCACGUUCUCUCUCAGGUUUCUCUCUGAUUAAAACCUAUAUAUACAUAUAUCUAGAUAUUCUUGAUGUCUGCUCAUCAGUAUCAUUUAAUUGCGCGACGUGAGUCAACGUUCUUUAUGUAUUUUUGUUAUAAGAGUGUAAUUUCAAUAUACAUAUAUUAUAUAUAUUGUGAACAUAUCUGGAAAUUAAACCACGUUUAGCGACAAUGUGGCAUAACGCAAACAGCGUUAUCUUCAUGUGGCUACUAUGCUUGCAUUCAAUGAUAAUGGCCGAGGAUACUUGUUAUCUGUCAGAUGAUUUAGUUGAAGAGAUAGACUCCUAUGCGCCAACAGUGCAAAGAAUAAUCGAUGAAGCUAUGCAAGGUUCUUUCAAAGGAACCACAUGGCAAGAUUUGGCGACGUUUGUCGACAAGUUUGGCUCGAGGUUUGCUGGUACCCAAGUUCUUGAAGACUCUAUUGAUUAUAUAUUGAGCGAGUCGAUCAGUUUAGGUCUAGAUAAUGUUCAUGGUGAAGCAGCUACCGUACCACAUUGGGUCAGAGGUUCGGAAUCCGCGACUCUUUUGCAACCGCGGCUGAAAAAUCUGGCGUUAUUGGGACUGGGUUAUAGUGUCGGUACUCCAGAAGAAGGCAUAACUGCUAAUGCUGUCGUAGUGAAUAGCUUCGCAGAACUUAAGAAACGGGCGGAAGAGAUUCCCGGGAAAAUCGUUGUAUACAAUCAAAAGUUUGUCUCGUACGGCGAGACCGUGCAGUAUCGAAGCUCGGGAGCCUCACGAGCGGCCGAAUUGGGAGCUGUUGCCGCCUUGAUCAGAUCAGUAACGCCAUAUUCAUUGUACACCCCGCACACGGGUAUGAUGAGUUACGCAGAGAACGUUACUAAAAUUCCAGCUGCUUGUAUAACUGUUGAAGACGCGACUUUCCUGGGAAGGAUGGCGGACCGAGGUGAAACAAUAGUGAUAAACUUGAAAAUGGAAGCGAAGAGAUACCCCGACACUCAGUCGCGAAAUGUUAUAGCGGACAUCACCGGUUCUAGCGCGCCCGAAAAGGUAGUCGUCGUUUCUGGACACAUUGACAGUUGGGACGUCGGACAAGGCGCAUUGGAUGAUGGAGGAGGUAUUUUCAUAUCCUGGACCGCAUUAAAAUUGUUGAAACAUCUCGGCCUCCGGUCGCGAAGAACGAUAAGAAUGAUAAUGUGGACCGCUGAGGAACUUGGCCUUCUUGGAGCGCAACAGUACAUACAAAAUCAUGCUGCAGAGAAUGGAAAUAUGCAAUUCGUAAUGGAAUCUGACUUUGGCACUUUCUCGCCCACAGGUCUUGAGUUCACAGCAAACAAGACAGUCGAAUGUGUACUUCAGAGAAUAAUGCCAUUGUUAGCUCCGUUGGGUGACAUGCAAUUGAAGAGCCCAUGCACACAGCCUGAUAUAUCGUUUUGGAUUAAAGCUGGCGUACCAGGUGCCGGUCUUUUGAAUCGAAACGAAAAGUACUUCUAUUACCACCAUUCGAAUGCGGAUACCAUGCUGGCAGAAAAUCCGAAAGCUCUGGAUAUGAAUACAGCUCUGUUCGCAGCGGUAGCGUAUGUUCUAGCGGAUCUCAGCGUUGAUCUGCCUCGGCACAACUUCACUAGCGUGUCAUGAAAUCAAUUUACAUGUGUUGAAAUCAGUUUGAUGUAAGUAGCAACGGUAAUCAUCAUGGUAAAUCAUUGAAAUUGUGUAUUCA